AUGAGUAGAUCAUUAGUGUAUGAUCUAAAGACCCUGCACUGUAAGGAGAACACUAUCAUGUGCUGUGGAACGAUUUAUACCAACACGUCAAACACCAUAUAUGACUCCCUUUUCGAUUCCACCACGUGCGUUUCCCAAGCCAUUCCCUUAGACGAAUGCGGGAAUGUUAUCUACGACGGCCUCAGCUCAUUUCGGAAGCGGCUCAUACACUACGAGCCGUCCCUUCCUAUCGAACCGGCGGACCCCUCUUUUAUGUCUAAUAUCGACAACCUGAGCGGCCUGGGGGCGCCGGCCGAGCCGGCACCCCCCACGUCCGUCUUUUCUUGGUUUAAGCACCUCCUCCACCCCACGUCGUCGAUGCCCGAGUGGAACUUAGCCUCCGCGUUUGAGCGGCGUUGCGACGCCCGGCAGAAAGCUAAGUCCGCGCGUUAUCUCUUUAACUCGCCCUACUGGGUGGAGACCGCGAGCCUAAGCGCGCGGUGGGGGGUCUCCGUCGCCUCGUCGGCCAGCCCGAUCAACAUCAACGAUCGCCUUUACGUCAAUGCGGAGGAGACGACGGACGCCUCGCGGUUUAACCCGCGCACCUGCACCCCUAAACGCCUUCACGAGGUGCUUUGGGAGGACGGGCUGCGGACGUGUACGUGGGAACGCUCGGAGGGGCUACGGCGGGAGAUUUCCCACUAUCGGGCCUGGAGUGGAACAGAGGGCUUUUCUAAAGAGGAGAAUGUGACCAAAUCGUUCUUUUCGUUGAUCCCAGACGUGGAUCCAAACACCACGAAGACGAUGGCGUUUUUGAACGCCGAGGCCGAUAAGAUCAACCGGAUGUGUAAUCUUUGGGUGUCGAAGCACAUUGUGAAGCUUGCCAACUGGCAUUUAAAACCCAAUGCGAUUCACUCUAAGAUUCUGGCCGAGGAAAUGACGCCCAUCACCGUCAAUAAAAAAAUAUCAGAAUAUUCUUUUUCCAUUUCGUCGGAUGAAUCCAAUACAGUCAAUUCAACUUUAGAAAUUGAAAUAGUGGUGGUGUACGCAGAGGACAUUAUUGAGAGGGAAGAGUUGGCUUGGUUGAUGAGCUAUCACCCGACGAUUUACUACUACAAAAUUAGCCCUCCAACUAAAAACGAUAAUGACUUUGUUCUAUGGCAGAAUAGCUGCCGUUCGAAGACCUUGCCGUCAGAGCCUUCUAUAAAUAACAUUUCUUCUUUAAACACCAAGCAAAGCUCUGCACCUAUAAAAAAAGAGGAAGUGAAUGGGGAAGAAGUGAAAAAGGAUUCUCCAUUGAGUUCGAAUAAUUAUAAUGAGUACAUGGAUCAGCUUUACAGUAAAAUCAUGAAAAAAAAACGAUUUGAGCACCGUUCAAAUUUUCGUUUGACCACCUCCUAUCGUCUGGAGCUUGCAUUAAUAGCGCUGAGGGAGCGAUAUCCUCGUGAGAGUCGCGAAACCUGGGUGACGAUGUCGUUUCUAGAAGAAGAAGCGGAGCUAAAGCUGCGGGAUAACAAGCUUUCAAAACGCAAAGCCGCUGUAAUAGAUGUGGAGCUUACAGUCUACAAAACUUCUGACGCUUUGAAAAAUUCUUUUACAAGAAUGGUCCGACUUAUUAAUCAUGCAGAGAUUGACUGGCCAGAGGAUUCGAAAAAAAAAUACUUGGCCGAGUCAUGGGUUUCAGCAAAAGCAUAG